GUUACAGCGUGAAGUGUGAGUACACGGCACACAAGGAGGGGGUGCUGAAGGAGGAGAUGGUCCUGGCCAGCGAGGCCGGCGAAGGAGCCACCAUCAGGGUCGUGGUCCAAGCCCGUGUCAUGGACCGGCACCACGGCACCCCGAUGCUGCUGGACGGGGUGCGCUGCAUCGGCGCCGAGCUGGAGUACGACUCGGAGCAGAGCGACUGGCACGGCUUCGACUAG